AUGUUGACCUCUCAAAUUGAUAACGAGCAAGUACCAGUACUAGCUCAGAUCUACGAUAUACGCCGUAUCAACAGCGAUCCAGCGGAAAUAUCGAGGAAUGCAACUGACGACCGAAAUAGUUUUAUGUCCGAAAAUACCGAGAAGGAUCGAAUCACAAAUUUUUUUGCUGUUCGUAAGCGUCGAACUAGUGAAGAAAGUAACUGUUCGUUAAACGAAAAAAAAACGAAAGCGUACGGAACACUGGAUGCCAUUAAGAUUUCUUCCAGUCGACUGGUCCCAUGCUACGAUUUCUUCGACGAUAAAGAAAAUGCACUGAAUGUAGAACAUGUGGUACCGUAUGCCAUUUCGAAUACAGCGCUUGGAAUUUUUCAAAUGCUUCCACCCGAAUUACUCUAUGUAAUCUUUGAUCGAAUUCCAGUACUGCAGUUAAAGCAGCUUAGUCUUUCGUCCAGUACGCUGAAUACCAAAAUCCGUGAAUACAUAUCAAUGGCUGGUACACGCCGACGAUUUUUCGCUGAAACGGCUGCAGUAUACUGUGUUGAUUUUGAAAGUGCACAAGAUCCAUUUUAUGCUUGGGGUAUGCUUCUAAAAGCUUGCAGCAUCGUAAUGAGCUUUCGCGGCGGCCACAUUUUCUUGGCAAAAUUCUUCAACAAGAAUAAAAAUGUCGAAAACUGGUACGGUUGGGGUCGAUGUUUUAUGGCGUUUUGCAAAGGGUGGACGUACAAUGAAUGUGAAGAACUAUUCAAGGCAGUAAUGCGAUUUACUGGCUUAAAUGGGAUUCUCAGCCGUGCUAUGUCAAGAAAAGUCAAAAACUACCCUCACUUGGAAAUAGAGGUCCGAGUACGCCUCCGAAGUUUCUUCCUGAGCCAUUGUGAGAAAAAUGACGAGUGCUAUGGAUUCUGGAUUUCUGUUAUUUUGCGCACUCAAAAGACUAUUGCUCAACAAGGACAAUUAUUUAUGAUAAUAUUUGGACCUUUAAAGCUGGAUGAAGACAACUGCGAUAUCAUUGACUGGGAGCUGUUAAGUAAUACUACAAUUGAAGACCGCCGUCUGUGUGAGGAAAUAAUCGGUCCUAUGGCCUUCAGUGUCCAUUGUAUGGUUACUAAUGGAAAUUUAAGGGAAUAUGCAUGGAGUGAUUACCAUAUAUUCAAUUUGAUCGAAGAAAUUACAACGGCUCCACAUUCCUGGACUCUUGAUAACUUUGCUGCGCUUUUGGCUCUCCGACCAAAACUUAUCCAUAUUGCAUUGCAUGCUCGAAUAAUACAUGGUCAUCAAGAAGAAGCAGCACAUCUCUUUCAUGCCAUAAAUUCGGUUUUGCACCAGUGGGGUAUUUUCUCGAGCACAGCAGUGACAGGUGUAUUAUUGAAGACAUUUCGAGCCUUAUCUGAUAUUCGUCGUCGUCUUUUUUUAUCUUCUUUCUUGAGGACUGAAUCGGAGCUACUGAGCGAUGCCCUAAUGAAUGAACCUUUCGACCGUGAUUAUUUUUAUAUGGAAUUGGCUGUUGGACGCGCCGUAUCGCCCUUAGUGACACUGAUGGCAUCAAAUGUAUGA